AUGUCGAGUGUGAAAGAGAAUGAGACACUAGUCUCAAGACCAGUGGAAGCUACCAUGAAGCCUGGCUCUCAUCUUGCCAAUCCCGCACCCCUAGCGAUGGGCGGGUUUGCUACCACGUUUUUAUCCCUCUCACUGGCCAUGAUGAACUUCCGCGGCGUUUUCACACAAACUAUGUUCAUCGGUGAUCUAUGCUUCGUGGCAGGAAUUGGUCUACUUAUCUCAGCUCAAUGGGAGAUGGUCCGAGGCAACACAUUUUCGUACACAGUGCUUUCUGCAUAUGCACUAUUCUACGGUGGUUACGGGGUGAUCAUGAUUCCCUCAUUGGGCAUUGUUGAUGCAUACGGCGGAUAUACACCCGAAUAUCACAACGCUCUUGGAUUUUUCGUACUCUUAUGGGCGGUCUUCAACUUUUUCUUCCUGUUGGCCAGCUGCGCCAUAAACAUUGUUUACACCCUCCUUUUCCUGACACUCGAGCUGUGUCUAAUUUUUGAUGCUGCUUCGAGUUUUGUUUUGGCCGAUGGUAUGGUGGAGAGAAGUGCGAAUCUCAUGACUGUUGCAGGCGCUUUCGGCUUCAUUUCCAGUUUGGCUGGAUACUACGCGGUCCUGCAUUAUUUGUGCCAAGACGCCCUGCCAUUCACCGUGCCAAUGGGUGAUACCUCCCGAGCUUUCAAACGCUGGUGCAAGAAGACUCCCUCGCCGAGUAUCAAGAGCGAAGAAGACAUGGCAUAA